CGCAUGCGCAGGCCGCGUAUAAUGGCGGCCGCCUGAGCCGGGGCAUGAGGGCACUCGCCCGACCUCCGUCCUGGUACCCGAGUUCGCACAUUCGUCCGUGAUUGUUAUUCUUGCUAUAAUGACUGAUACUCACUACCGUUCUUUAUGUGACCUGGACCUUAAAACCCAUCGUUGUCUCCUGUGAUCCUUACACAGGCCCCGAGGUGCUCCCGUCCCAUGAUCACUGUGGAGCCCGGCCAUGGACGAGGUCACCUUCAAAAGUGACACUGUGCUGUCAGACGUCCACCUCUACACCCCGAACCACAGACACCUCAUGGUGCGGCUGAACAGCAUGGGGCAGCCCGUUUUCCUGUCCCGGUUCAAGCUUCUGUGGAGCCACGCCUCUCAGACAGACUCCGGGGCCGAGGGUGGCGGUCGUGGCUCGGGUCCUGCGGGGGAGGCGCCUCCCUCUGGGCCCGGCGGGGGCCCCAGCAGUGACGCCACCAGCCAGGAGGGGCCGGGAGCUCGGCUGGACGAAGAUGGGGACUUGGACGUGGAGAGGAGACCGCGGGCCGCUUCGGACCCUGAGCCAGCAGGGCCUCCGAGGGACAAGGUACAUCCCACGAUUCUAACGCAGGAGGAAGAGGAGGAGGAGGACGGGCUGGCAGAUGGAGCCCGCGGGGCCCGCCCCCAGGAUAUCAUCAGAAUAGAGCACACCAUGGCCACCCCCCUAGAGGAUGUUGGCAAGCAGGUGUGGCGGGGUGCCCUGCUCCUGGCAGACUACAUUCUCUUCCAACGGGACCUCUUCCAGGGGCGCACCGUGCUGGAGCUCGGGGCGGGCACGGGGCUGGCCAGCAUCAUCGCAGCCACCGUGGCCCAGACGGUCUAUUGUACAGAUGUCGGUGCAGAUCUCUUGGCCAUGUGCCAGCGAAAUAUUGCCCUCAACAGCCAUCUGACAGCCGCUGGAGGAGGCGUGGUUAAGGUCAAAGAACUGGACUGGCUGCGGGAUGACCUGUGCACAGACCCGGAGGUCCCCUUCAGCUGGUCGCAGGAGGACGUCUCCGAUCUGUACAGUCACACCACCAUCCUGCUUGCGGCCGAAGUGUUUUACGACGAUGACCUAACCGACGCGCUCUUUACCACCCUCUCCCGCCUGGCUCACAAGCUCAAGAAUGCCUGCACCGCCAUCCUGUCCGUGGAGAAGAGGCUGAACUUCACGCUCAGACACCUGGACGUCACGUGCGAGGCGUACGAGCACUUCCGCUCCUGGCUGCGACGGCUGGAGAGGCGUGCGGACGGCCGGCUGCGCUUCGCGGUGGAGCGGCUGGAGGCCUCCUUCCCGCAGCUGCUGGCCUACGAGCGCACCCGGCAGCUGGAGCUCUGGGGGAUCUCUGUGGAACCGGUGAUGUGACCCAUCGCACCCCAAGCACGGCUUCUUGACUGUUCUCAGAAUACUUUCUAAUAAAACUAAAAUCUCACAAAGUGA